UGUUAUCUCAUGCUUUGCACAUUCAAAAUACACCUAUGUGGGUAGGAUUCAAUAGUUUACUAUUUACUGAUAACUCCGAAAACAAAAAGUUUCAUACUUAACAACUAUAAAUCAAUCUCCGACAAGUAAUCAUGUAGUUGCCGAAACAAUGCGUCAAGCACAAAAAGUUGCACUUGAAUGUAAUGAACCAUAUAUGCAAGUCACAUAUGACUUAGCUAUAGCGAAAAUUGCGCUACAGAUACAAUCAACAGAGAGAGAAAAUGAGCAGAAUUAUAAUAAUCUCUUUAUACAUUUUGGCGCAUUUCAUAUUCAAAUGGCAUAUUUUAAAGCUGUUGACAAAUUUAUAGACAAUUGCGGAAUUGCAAAUAUAUUAAUUGAUUCCGAAUUACUGGCAAGUGGAUCUUUGAAUGGUUUUUUAAGUGGAAAGCAUUUUAACAGAUGCAAACUUAUUCAUCCAAUGAUAAGCUUAGCCUUGUCUAUUUUGCAUUUUGAAAGCUCUGCACAAUCGGAAAAUAUUGAAGUAAGUGAAGAAGUGAAAAACUAUCUUGUAACUUUUCCGAAGAAUCGAUCAAUGGUACCAACGAUCGAUAAUAUUGAUUUAUUACGUAUUAUUGAGAGUUACGAACAAUACAGUAUAAAAACAUUAAACGGCGAGCACGGCAAAACUGCACAAUACUACAUGAUUUAUAUAAAUCUAAUUAAUAAUUAUUUGAUGUUUACCGCAAGUAUUCGAACGAAUGAUUUCGAGUUGUUCAAGUUCAUGUUGCCUAGAAUAACAAAUUUAUUUUUUGUCUUCAACCAACCAAAUUACGCUCGUUGGCUGGUUUUAUAUCAUAAUAAAUUAUGCAGAGUUAAUGAAACUCAUCCUGGCCUCAUCGUUAAUGCAGAUGCGGCAAGCAGAUUAACAGGAGUUUUGCAUUUUACAAACUCGGUACCAGCUCGACAACGCUGGUGCAAAAGCCACAGCAUGAGAUCGACAAUAAUAACUCAUGUAUUACAACAAGCUGGUUUAAGGCUGAAUCAAGACAUUACUGCUGAUCUAGAAAAAAAUAGAAUAAAAAAGAGUGCUGCGCAGCUUCAAAGUUUGAUACAUGCCAUAAAACAAAAUAUAAAUCCUUUUGAUCGUAGUCUCGAUCCGAACUUCUUGUUCAAUAUUUGUAGUGGUCAAGCUGCAUCAGAGACAGCAACAAAAUGUUUGUUAAAUGUCGAAAGUGACGGCGAUGAAUUAAGGAAAGCAUUUAUUUCUUCCUGCAAUGAAGAGAGCACACGAUUUGAGGCGAGGAUUGUCACUAAUAAAGUUGCGACAUUCGCAGAUUUCUUUAAAAAAAACAAGUUAAUGUUAUUGGAAAAAUUCAAGAAGUACGGAUGCAACGUGAUCUUUUUGGCAGGCUUCUUGCUGUUUCAGUCGAACAGAGCAUUGACCUUGAAAAUGUCUUAGCGUAUCCGUUGACUCCGACCACUGCAUUGUGUCAUUUAGAUGGGACACAUUGCAAAACAGAUAAAUCCGCCUUAAUGAAAAGUUUGGAAAUUUCUAUCGAUAGUGAAGUACCUGCGUAUACUGACGUAGUUUUAAUCGAUGGCUUUUUCUAUUUUCAUUUAAUGAAGGACGUGCCCUUGGCCUUCGGAAAUAUUUCGAAAAAAUUAUUGCAAAGCAUUGUAAAGUUUAAUGCUAAAAAUAUCGCAAUAAGUUUGACAGAUAUUUUUCACCAUCAAUUAAGGAUUGCGAGCAUGCAUUGCGUGAUACUUCGGAAAAGCGCGAUUACAACAUCUCUGGGCCUGAUCAAAAAUGCAGCACAGAUUUUUCGAAAGAAUUGCGAAAUAUUAAAUUCAAAGAAGCUUUCGUAAAAUUCCUUAUUGAUCAUUGGGCUCAUGAUGAAUUAGCACCCUACUUGGGCAUUAAAACCGUCCAAUUAAAUUACGAUCAGUGCUAUCAGUAUACUGUAAACGAUGGCAGAAUAAAUCGAACCAUUGAAGAUAAUUUUACCUACACGUCACACGAGGAGACAGACACAAACAUAAUUUUCCAUGCAUGUAACAUCGUGCAAAAUUCUAACAUUUUGAUCAGGUGUUCAGACACUGAUAUACUUGUCAUAAUGUUAGGAGAUAUGGAAAAGUUAUCAAGUGCAUCGAAGAUUUGGAUUGAGGUUGGAAGUGGAAACCGGCAAAGAAUCAUCGAUGUAAAUAAAUUAUACGAAGAAUUGGGAAAUUCUUUGUGUAAUGCGCUGCCAGAGCUGCACGCUUUUACUGGGUGCGAUUUUAACCCAGCAUUUUAUCAAAAGGGGAAAAAAAGAUCUCAGCAACUGCUUCGCCAAAGCGCGGAUUUUCAAAAAGUUUUCGCCGACCUUGGGUACCUAAACGACAAUAACAGGAGUGAGAUAUUUGAGAAAAUUCAAGCAUUUGUGUGCCACUUAUACGGCAUGAAAAAAUUGAAAUGUGUGAACGAAGCACGGUUCGUUUUAUUUUCAAAAACAUACAAAUGCUCAAGUACCGUCAAUGAUUCGUUCAAGAUUAAAGUAAAAAAUGUUGAUGGAUCAAGUAUGCCGCCAAGUCAAUCAGAAUUGUUGCAACAAUUUCUAAGAGCUGCUCACAUAGCAAAUAUUUGGCGCAAUGCUCAUGCAAAAAUUAUCACGGAACUGUCUCCAAUCGAUCACGGGUGGAAAAUAGUCGAGGGAAAAUAUGAAUUCGAUUGGUUUCAAGGCGAUCAAUUGCCACAAUUGGUCAACGAUGUCGUCCUUCAACCUCCAGAGGAAAAUUCAGAUUCUCGAUCAGAAACUCAAUCGGAAACAACCGACAUUGACGUUUCCGAUCACGAUGAAAUCAAUGAAUUUGAUGAGUCGGAGGAAGAAUUCGAUAAUUAAUGUUUCAUUACAGCAUUCAUUUUAUUUUUGUAUAUUUCGUACAUAAUAAAGUUAUAAUAUUAUUGAAUUAUAAUUAAUAAAUGUUUUUAUUCAAUCUAGUCUGUUAAAGGCAAUAAAUAACGAUUAUAAUAAAAAAAGAAGCAAGCCGUUACCUGCGAUGCCGAGCGCGCGCGCGAAAUUUUUAUUUCUAUUUUUGCUGACUGACGGGCCUUGUCCCGUUAAAUAGAUGACUGACUAUUUUUUUUUAUGUUUAAAAUAAUAUUUAAUACUCCUAAAAAAAUUUUGAAGUGUAGUAAAUGAAUUGCACAUUAUUUAUUUUUUGCGCAUACAUUGCGGCUGACUGACCAGCUCUGUCCCCAUAUUCUGCUGACUGACCAUUACAACUUUUAUUUAUAUGCAAUAUACAAGUUCUAUAACAAUUUUCAGCCUUAGUAAAUUCAUUUUAUUACCCCGCAGGUACGACACCUUUGAUAGCGCACCUGAGUCACCUGUUCUCAGGUUCGCUUGACUGACCGCAGUAUGUUUGUGUACGCAACCAUUCUAAUGAACUAUAAAAAAAUUAGCCUUAGUAAAUUCAAACAGUUUUUUGGGCACUGGCUCUUGGACUAUAACUAUGGAUUAAAAAUGGAAUAAAAAA